AUGGGCGAAGCCCUCUCUCGCGAACUCGUCGCCAAAGGCUGGACCGUAGCCAUGUCAGACAUCCAGGAAAACAAAGCUCUUGCCGAAGAACUCGGAUCCAAAGCCCGCUUCUACAAAGGCAAUGUGGCCGACUACGACUCCCAGGCCAAGGUCUUUGACCAAGUCUUCAAGGACUUUGGCCGUCUGGAUGCUCUUUGCGCGAAUGCUGGGAUCGUGGACAAGAGCAGUCCGUAUAUCCUUGGAGCUCGUGAUUCAGAUGAGAUCCCGCCGGCGCCGAGUACGCUUUGUACGGAUGUUGAUUGGAAGGGCGUCUUAUAUGGCACUCAACUAGCGAUCCACUUCAUGAGGAAGAACAAGACACCAGGUGGUGCUAUCGUUGCUACUGCCUCGAUAGCAGCCGUCCAUCCACAUCCAACAUAUCCCGAGUACAACGGUGCAAAAGCAGCCGUCCUGAACUUCGUCCGCGGCUCCGCCCAAAUCCUCAAAAUCAAGGAGAACAUCCGCCUCAACGCAGUACUGCCCGGUAUUGUCUCGACAAAGAUCAUUCCGCCUGAGAUGGUGGCCGCUGUAAAGCCCGAAUUUCUUACGCCGGUUAAAACAAUCACGGACGCCUACAUAAAACUCCUCGACGACGAAAGCCUCAUCGGCCAAGCAAUCGAAGGCUCAGUCGACAAACACUUCUUCUUCCCGGACCCGCCGAUGAUGAAUGGCGCAGCGACGAAGCGUGCGAUCACAGUCUGGGAUCCGCUGUUCGAGCUGUCCCAUGGCGAGCUGUCUGGACUGCCUGAUGCGAUACCUGGGGAGAGUUUCAAGAAGUAA